AAUAGGUCAGGAGUGAGUAAUAUUGUGAAGUUGGCACCUCGCAGUUUAGAGAGAGGGAGAGCAGGUACACUCACAACCUCUCUCUGCCUCUGCUCUCACACCCUUCAGCUCCCUCUCUUUCCCUCUCACUCCCUCUCUCCUCACACCGGGGGUCACCUGUCACCGGAGGGAAGAAAACAUUACACGAGUUUUCAGCAUGGGGCCCUAUGACAUCUUGAGGUACUACGUGGGUCCCCCUCUCAUUAUCCUGGGGGCCACGGCGGGGGUGCAGCUCCUGGCGUGGCUGGGGACAGAUGACACUUCAUAUCCCUGUCAGGUGAUGGGGAAUGCGAGCGCCUGGGUGACUGUGGGGGCUGUCUUGCUGUGGGCCUUCGCUUCCCUUUGGGUACCAGGCAAGGAAUUUUACGGUCCACGCACUUCUUUUGGAUACACGCCCAAGUACAAGGCUAAUGGGAUGCAGUUCUUCCUAGUAUCCAUUGUAACUUAUCUGGUUCUCGUCCUUGUCUUCCCUCACCUUCCCAUUCACCUGUACCGCAAUUUCUCUAACAUAAUCGUCACUUGCAAUCUGCUGGCGCUGCUUCUGUGCGUGUUCCUGCUGGUGAAGGGCAAGAUGUGGCCGGACAGCGCGGAGGUAAUGGAGCCAAAACCUUUACUUUACGAAUUUUACCGCGGCAUGGAGCUUCACCCGAGGAUUCUGGGAGUGGACGUGAAACAAUUAACGAACUGUCGCUUCGGUCUGUUGGCGUGGGAGCUUUUAGUUGUGAAUUUCUUCCUGGCAGGGUGGGAGAAACAUGGGUUUAGCCUAGCGCAUCUCGUCUCCACAGCUCUCCAGACAGUGUACCUUGCAAAGUUUUACUGGUGGGAGACUGGUUACUUCAAUACACUGGAUAUAAUAUUAGACAGAGCUGGGUAUUAUAUCUGCUGGGGAUGUCUAGCCUUCGUUCCUUCCCUUUACACCUUCACCUCUUACUAUCUCGUAGCUAAUCCACCAGUAAUGAAUACUUUUGAAUCUAUAGCCACGUUUCUGCUAGGUAUUCUAGCUAUUUCCCUCAACUACAGGGUGGACUGGGAGAAGGAGCAUUUCAAAGCCACUAACGGGCGUUGUAAACUUUGGGGAAAGCCUGCUACGUAUAUAGAAACAAUAAGGGAGACAGGUGAAGGCAUUCAGCACUCCAAGCUCCUCACAGCCGGAUUCUGGGGAGUGGCUAGGCAUUUGAAUUACACAUUUGAACUCCUGCUCGCUUUAUCCUGGUGUCUGCCUGGCUUAGGGCGUGGUAUUCUUCCCUUUACUUACUUCAUCUUCCUCACCAUUCUUCUCGUGCAUAGAGUUUUCAGGGAUGAGGAGAAAUGUGCGGCAAAAUAUGGGUUCUUCUGGGACACUUACUGCUCGCGUGUGCCUUACAGAAUGCUGCCUGGUGCUUUUUAGGCUAGGCUAGGCUAGCUUGGGUUUAUUUUAGGUUGUGUAGUGAGGGUUUAUAAAAGAACGGUGAGGAAGGAAAAGAGAGGAAAGAGGAUUACAGAAGAACGACUGGGAAGGGUAAAAUAGAGGAAGAGAGGUUUGCGAAAACAUGAAGAAGGAAAAUAAAAGAGGAAAGAGGAUUAUGAAAACAGUUACGAAAGAACUAUGAGGAAGGAAAAUAUUCAUGAAAGAAUAGUGAUAAAGAGGGGAAAAAAUGGAUUUGUUUUAGGGUUGGCUAGGCGUCAGUUAGGUUACAUAUGAGAGAAAACGGAAAUAUAAAAGAAGCGUGAGAAAAAAGGAAGUUAACGAAGGAAAGAAAGUGAUAAAGAGUUCGGUGUGCGCUUGGACAGAAGAGCGGAAUUAAGGAUCAAAACACGAGGAACAAAACAUGAAGAGAAUGAGGAAGAAAAAGACAAGAUAAAAAAAAAAAAAAGCUUGUUUUCCACGUAAUGUAAAUCAAAUACAUUUUCACAUUAUAA